ACUCCCUAGUUCUUCGUUCGUUUUGCUGCGAGUUAUUCCCAGCUCGCUUCAUUAAUAAAUGUUCAUGAAUUGAAGCUGUAAAUCUGCAAUUAUUCUUUAACCAAACGCUGCAUAUGAAAAUUUCUGAAAAGAGAUGAUUUUAGGCGGCAGCUCUCUGCAUCUGAAUCUGAGUCUUCUUCGUCUUCUUCGUCUUCUUCGUCUUCUUCAUCUGAUCUUCACUCUAGCGAUUCUUGACGGGCUCGGAAUCAGCUCCGUGUCCGCCUCCUGCGAUUACAGUUUCGGGCAAAACAACAAGCUUUACACUUACAACUUAACCUCCCCGAUUUCUAAUUUCCCCCAUGGCGUCCUCAGCGAAGAUGGGUUCUAUAGAGUGGCAGCUAAUGGAACGGUGAUUUGGUUUCAGGUGGAGCAGCUGUGUGAGACAAUGCUUUUCAACCAUGAUCCUCCUAUGUGUGUUGACUGCGUGGACUGUGGUGGUGGAUCUCGUUGUGGCAUGGGUUGCAGUGCACUUGCAUCUAGCAUCGUUGGAGGUUAUCCUGUGUGCUCUACUCUUGGACGUCCAUCAACUACAUCUAUUAGCCUCAUAGUUGCCCGGGAUGCUGCAAUCAAGGCUGUAUUUUACCCUUCUACAUCUGAGUUAGUGAUGCUAAUAUUUUUUCUUGGAUCUCUUGAUGGGACAGACAACAAUAGUCCCCUCAGAGGUAUUGUUGUUAAGACGUACCACAGUGCAUUGAAGAACUGUUCACUUGCUGUCUCUGUUGUUUGUGAUGAGACUGCAACUGGUCCUCAAACGCUGGAAAAAGUUGGGACUUGCGAUUUUACCACAGAACUAAGGCAUCCUUCUGGCUGCGGGAGAGUCAUAUCGUCUAAAGGGAAAGGGCUGGGCUGGUUUGGCACUUUAUUGAUCAUAAUCCUAUGCCUUUUUGGAGCUUACUUCUUGGGUGGGAUGAUCUAUCGGUACUUCUUUCUGCACAUUCGAGGCAUAGAUAUAAUCCCAAACCUGGAAUUCUGGUCCAGCUUACCACAUAGAGUACAGAGCUGGUUUCAAUCCAUAUCACAGAGGUUGAGAGGACCUUCUCAGCAUCACCGGAGCACGUAUUCUCCUGUGGAAUUUUGAACAUCGACAUCUUCUUAGCGAGAAACCAUUCACAUUACUCGAGUCUGUCUCUGCCACACUUACUCCCGACAUCUGCAUUCCGUACGUUCAAGCAUUCGCUUUACUCUUGAAGGAAAUGUGUAUUUCUUAACGCUGAUCGACAUUUCUACAUUGACAACCAUCGUUGCAGAACACGAGUUCUUGAGAAGACUGAGGCUUUUGUUUGUAAUUCUGUGCUAGUUGAGUAGUUGAUAUCAUCAUUUUUUGUAGGUCAUUGGCAGCACUUUGUUAUAUAUAGAUCAGACAGGGUUUUUGCAGCAGUAGAUCUCAAUAAAAUUCCUGAAACAUCUUACAAUAAUUAACUCUUUGUGAAUUGAUUCAUUCUACAUUCUAUACAAAUGUGUACUACUUCUUGGAAGUGAACUUUGAUUUAUGGGAAAGUUUGCCUUCACUAUUCGAAGGUGCGUUCUGAGUU